CAGUCAUGGAGCUCAAAGCAAUGUAUCUAUUGAUCCUCUUCUGUUUUAUCCAUGUAUGUGAUUUUUAUCUACUCAUCCAUCCCAGUAAUGGACUCCGUGAGUGUCGCAAAAGUUCAGUUUUACCGGCAAUGGAGGUUCUACCAGGUGGAGGAUGGGAUAACCUGCGCAAUAUAGACAUGGGACGAGUAAUGAACUUGAGCUUUUCCCAGUGCCAGACCACAGAAGAUGGGGUUUAUUUAAUUCCAGAUGAAGUCUUUGUCAUUCCACAGAAAGAGAGUCAAGUGGAUGCUCACUCUGAGAUGAUCAUGUCAUGGCUGGAGCAGAAAAGUUCCACCUCAAGCUCUAUAAAUGCAGAAGUAUCAUUUCUUUCUGUGAUCAAUGGAAAAUUCUCCAAAGAAAACCAACUUAUGAAAGCCCACCAAGUAAAAGAGAAUUCCGUAACCUCUCGGGUUCAAGUACGUGAUCAUCUGUACACAGUAAAGGCGUAUCCUGCUUUCACUCUGGACUCUCGCUUUGCUAACCAGGUUGAGGAAAUCGCAGAUGCUAUCGAGAACAAUGAAACCCGUCAAGCGACUUAUCUGUCAGAGAGACUUAUUCUUGAUUAUGGUACUCAUGUUAUCACAAGUGUUGAUGCCGGUGCCACUUUGGUUCAGGAGGACUAUUUAAAAAGGUCUUUUAUAUCUAAUAGUCAAUCAGACAUGACUUCUGUCUCUGCAGCAGCUGGUUUAAGCUUUAAUGCCAACGUAAAAUAUGAUUUUAAUAACAAGAUCGCGAAAAACAGCAAUUAUGAGGGUAACAUCACAUAUUCUAUAGUUCAGAGCCAUGGAGGGGGUUUAUUUUAUCCAGGCAUCACUUUGCCAAAGUGGCAGGAGAGCACGCUCAAUAAUCUGGUGGCUAUUGACCGCUCUGGUUUGCCCCUGCACAACUUUUUCAAUCCAUCUACAUUCCCAGACCUUCAAGAGUCAACAAUUUCUAAACUAUUUUCAUUAGUGCAUCAGGCUGCAGAGCGUUACUAUGAAGUCAAUACAAUUCCAGGUUGUGUAAAUCCAGAUUCCAAAAAUUUUAACUUUGAGGCAAAUCUGGAUGACGGAUCUUGUGAGGGCCCGGUCACCAAUCUUACCUUUGGUGGUGUUUACCAAACAUGUAAUCCACUGACAUCAAAUGGAAAUGUCAUCUGCGAUGACAAGGUACAGAAGAAUCCAGCCACGGGUGAUUUUUCAUGCCCUCAACUGUACACUGCCACCCUGUUACGCUCCGAGACAGUAGAAGAUGGGUUCUAUCGUAAUGAUUGCACCAAAAAAUGUAAUUCAUGUGGUUUCUUAUGGCUAUCCACUUGUUGUGACUCAGUAUGUGGUGAUAUUUACCAUGUACAUCGUGCAUUGAUUUCCACAUACUGGUGUUCGACAAACCAGAAAACCCCAGAAAUCUCUGGAUAUCUUUUUGGAGGUUUAUUUGGACCUUCUUUGCAAAACCCUAUUACCAAAUCUAAAAGCUGUCCUGCAAGUUUCUUUGCUCAAAAACUUUUGUCUCAUGGCCUGAUGGUUUGUCUGAGCAAUGCUUACGAGAUUGGAACAAGAUCUGCAGUUCCUUUUGGGGGAUUUUUUAGCUGUGAGUCUGGCAAUCCUCUCGCAGAGGGUAAAUCUCGCUGUCCGCCUCAAUUCAGUCAACAUCUUGCUUCUAUUAGUGAUGGCUGUCAAAUACUAUACUGUGUUCAGUCCGGUGUGUUCACUGGUGGUAAGUUAAAGCCUGUUCGCCUUCCACCUUUUACAAAUCCACCACUGGUGAGCAUGAUUGCAACAAACUCUGUGGCAGUAAUGGAAGAAUCCAAUCGGUCCUGGGUGAGAGUUGGAAGAACAUGGGAACUGGCAAAUCCUGGUGAAAUUUAUCAAAUGGCAUUAAUGGUUAAAUCGUCUCAGAAGUCUGGGGGAGAGAAGGCAUUGCCAUUGCUGUAAUUGCUUUGGCUGUUCAAAGAGAACAGAAUGCAAAUCAAUUUAAUUGCAAAUGCAAGUAAUGGAACAAAAUGAAAUUAUAAAGUGAUUUGUAUCAUGGUGAUGGGUAUCAUGCUUUUUUAAAAGAUCAGCAAUGUUUAACUACAAGAUUAUCUUUCUUUAGAUUAAAGUUGAAAGUUUCUUUCUGUCAAUAUUUAA